UUUCGCACGCGUGUAGAUGAUAGAGAAAAAGAGCGGCAAGAAGUAAUUCCGUUUCAAAAACUAGGCCUACCAAAGCGGAUUUAGUCACCGGAGUCGUAAAUUGUGCGCGAUCAAAAGAAGAAACACUGUAUUUGUAGAGAGCAGAAGGAACAGAAGUUUGCCUUGAUCGCCUUCUGCUGCUCUCAAGUGUCGCACGCCGGUUUUUGUUUUUCCGUUUUUUUUUGUGUAAGUGUGCUCACUGAUGAUAACCAUUUGUAUCGCUCAUAUAUAGCCAUUAUUCUAUAAAAGUACUUACUGUCACGCGUAACUCUCGCUGCCCAAUAGUUUCCGAAGUGCAUCCCUAUUAGAACGUCGUGGAGUCUUGGUUUUUGAAGAGAAGUACAAGCUGAUAAGGCUUGUUCGUUUUAGCUUUGUUUAUUAGUCAGUGAAAGGCUUUGUGCAAAAGUGAAUUAGACGCAGUGUUUGUUUGAAAAAGUGCCUGUCAUCUAAUAUAAAAGCUUAUGUUGUUUAGCAUUUGGUUGCUUUCGGCAGAGGUCACUUUCUUUUAUUAAAUGCCAAACACAGAGCUGGAAGCUGACCGUUAACCUUGUUUUGUGUUAGUUGUUGGUUGAAUAGCGUCGUAAACACCGUGUCCAAUUGGAGGAACAUAUAGGAGAACGGUGCGUGGAGGUACCCGGCAAGAUCCCAUCAGCUCGGUAACGACUGCGGAAGCUGCUAUCGACUAGCAGGCUGCUACUGCAUCAAUCCUCAAAUCUUAACGAGAAAAGGGCGAAAUCUCCACAUCCCAAAAUGUCCGAGCAGCUGAAAGAGGAAAAGCCCAACCGGUAUGGGCACGUCGAGCAGGUGGAAAUUCUAACCACCACGGAUACGACCCAGGCGGUGAAGCUACGCGUUGCCAAGGAAGGUAUCGCUUCGCUCGAUCCUAUUUCAGUGCCAGAAUUGAUGAACCGCACGGUGCGAGACUAUCCAGAUCAUCCGGCUAUUAUGUACAAGAAUGCCCAGAAGACCUGGACACCGGUUACGUAUAGGGAAUACCGCGACCGCGUCCACAAGAUGGCCAAGGUAUUCAUCAAACUUGGCCUGGAGCCCCAGCACACGGUUAGCGUGCUCGCCUUCAACAGUCCCGAGUGGUUCGUUUCCGAGCUGUCGGCCAUCCACGCUGGUGGCAUCAUUACCGGUGUGUAUACGACCAAUUCCGCCGAAUCGGUUAAGCACGUGCUGGAAAGCUCCCGGACCAACAUCGUCGUGGUGGACGACGCCAAGCAGAUGGAGAAGAUCUACUCCAUCAAGAGCCAGUUGCCACAUCUGAAAGCCGUCAUCCAGACGACGGCCCCCUACGCUCCGUACGUCAAGCGGGAGGAUGGCUACUAUCGGUGGUCCGAGCUAGAGGAGAUGAAUACCGAUGACGUGGAAGAGGAAUUCAAGACUCGUUUGGCAAACAUCGUUACUAAUAAGUGCUGCUGUCUGGUGUACACCUCUGGAACCGUGGGUAAUCCGAAGGGAGUGAUGAUGUCCCAUGACAGUUUGACCUGGGAUUCGUACAGUAUCGGCAAACGGUUGGACCAGAUCCAGUACGGAAAGGAAGUGUUGGUAUCAUUCCUGCCGUUAAGUCACAUCGCCGCCCAGAUGGUGGACAUCUUCCUGUCCUUGCAGUUCGCCUGUACGGUAUACUUUGCCGAUAAGGACGCCAUGAAGGGAACGCUGAUCAAUACACUCCAGGAAGCCAAGCCAACGCGAAUGCUGGGUGUGCCUCGGGUGUACGAGAAGAUUCAGGAGAAGAUGUUGGCCAUUGGAGCGCAGAGUGGGGCCGCCAAAAAGAUGGUUUCUUCGUGGGCCAAGAGUGUUACGUUGCAACACCAUAUGGAUGCCAUGGACGGCAAACCAACCAACUCCUGGCAGUAUCGUUUCGUGAGAAACUUCCUGCUAUCCAAGGUGAAGGAUGCGUUGGGAUUGAGCCGGUGCGUAACAAUGGUCACUGCUGCCGCUCCGAUGGAUCCGGAGACGAAGAAGUACUUUAUGAGCUUGGAUUUGCCGAUCAUGGAGGCGUUCGGUAUGUCGGAAACAUGUGGAGCUCACUCGUUGACUACCGCCGAUAGCUACAACUUUGCCACGAUCGGAAAAAGCUUGGGUGGGUGUGAGACCAGGAUUGACAAACCGGACGAACGUGGCCACGGGGAAAUUUGCAUGCGCGGUCGACACAUUCUGAUGGGAUACGUCGGUGAAGAGGCAAAGACUAAGGAAGCUAUCGAUGAGGACGGAUGGCUGCACUCGGGAGAUGUGGGCUACAUCGAUGAUCAGGGAUUCAUUUACAUUACCGGUAGAAUUAAGGAACUAAUCAUUACCGCUGGCGGUGAGAACAUUCCACCGGUGCACGUGGAAAACUUGGUCAAAAACGAGCUGAUGCAGGUGAGCAACGCGUUCCUGGUCGGUGACAAGCGCAAGUUCCUGACGAUGUUGAUUACGCUGAAAACGCACAUGAACCUGGACAGUGGCGAACCGAAGGACGAGCUUACGUCGGAGACGAUUGGAUGGCUUAAGGGCUUUGGAGUGGAGUACACCAAGCUGAGCCAGAUCAUCGCCGCUGGUCCGUGUCCGAAGGUGCUGCAAGCCAUCCAGGAAGGAAUCGAUCGUGCCAACAAGAAGUCCAUCUCCAACGCCCAGAAGGUGCAGAAGUUUGCUCUGCUCCCGGCUGACUUUUCGGUGCCGGGAGGUGAACUCGGCCCAACCCUGAAGGUAAAACGAAACAUCGUCCUCAAGAAGUACGACGACAUCAUCGAAAAGUUAUACGCCUAAAGCACAGUGCCUGCUGUGAAUUAACCUGAUGACCGGAUAAAUCGCUACCAAAAAAAAAAAAUGAUGCUGCGCUGUUGAUACCUAUAUAUUUUUUUGUUUUGUUUAAAACUUUUAUACUAUUUUUUGUUUUCGUUUGUUUGCUAAUGUGCAUUGUUUAUCAACGUGCUCUAGCAAUGGGACUUAAAGACACUAUUACUUUUCGUUAGCUUCGCCUUACCAAAACCGUAAAUAUAGAAACUAUACACCUGAGUGGCCGCAUCACACGUUUAGAAUUAGUUGGUGAUAUUAUUUAGCGGAUCGUACGGAAUAUGUGAAACCGCUGUGGAGAAGAGCCUUGCCGGCAGCCACGAGGUGCAUGUACGAUAUACGAUUCGGAUACGGCCUGCAAUGGGCGCGGAUGGCUAGAUGGAAAACGAGACGGCUCCUGUAAAUAAGAAGAUUCCAUUUUAGGAUGUAAUUAUUACCUCAUUAGAAUCAUAUUGUUGUUAGAUGAAUGCGAGUGAGAGAAGCUUCCUCUGGAUGAUACGGCAGCGGAUGGAGAGCGCGCGCGAAGAGCGAAGGUUAGCUGUUAAUUGAAUAAAAUCAAUUUUCUUAUAA